UCGAGCUGGAGUAUGAAGCCACUAGAGAAAUACUAACCAAAGUGAUGGUGAUUGUUUCCAUAUUUGAUGAUGUGUAUGAUAUCUAUGCCACAUUGGAAGAACUAGAACUCUUCACGAAAGCAAUUGAAAGGUGGGCUGUCGAUGCCAAAGAUGGAUUGCCCGAGUACAUGCAAGUGUGUUACAAGACACUUCUUGAUUUGUAUGAUGAAAUUGGCUACGAAGUGACUAGAAAAGGACAAUCAUACUGCCUCUUCUAUGCAAAAGAAGUGAUGAAAAACCAUAUGAGAACAUACUUAGCCCAAGCCAAAUGGUUCCAGCAAAACUACGUACCAACGAUGGAGGAGUACCUGCCCAUUGCAUCAUUAUCCAUCGGUUGUGAAUUGCUAUUAGGGACGUCGUUUCUGGGAAUGGGGGAUGUCGUAACAAAAAGUUAUUUUGACUGGUUAUUACUUAGCGACAACAAGAUGGUGAAGGCUUCGGGUGUAAUCUCUCGGCUCAUGAAUGACAUUGCUGGACAUAAGUUUGAGCAAGAGAGAGGACAUACGGCAUCUUCAGUGGAGUGUUUCAUGAAACAAUAUAAAGUUACGGAGCAAGAGGCUAAGGACGCUCUCCGUAAACAAGUGGUCAAUGCAUGGAAGGACAUAAACAAAGAGCUGUGCCAUCCGACCUCUGUCCCCAAGCCACUCCUUGUGCGAAUUCUCAAUUUUGCACGAGUCUUCCAUGUGGUGUAUAAUGAUGAAGUAGAUCACUACUCUCAUGCUGGAACAAAGCUCAAAGAAUUUGUGACUUCUCUUCUCGUCGAUCCAUUGCCAAUGUGAUGAUUU